UAGGUGGGUUCAGACCCGGGGACUACGGGUCGGCGUUGGGCUCAGAGGGCUCGGAACAAAGGACUGUCUGUCGGCUCUCGACACGGCGCGGCUCUGCCGCUGGCUGAAUCGGUGGGUCGAGGCCGCUCGGCUGGCCAGUGCCCUCGCCGCGCGGUCUCGGUCGGCUUCUCCGCGGUCCCCACGGCCAGCGCGGCGGAGCGGGGCCCGGCUCGGCGGCACCUGCUGCUGAGGGAGCCAGCGGCCCGGCCAGGUGCUCAUGAUGGGGCUCAUCUUCGCUAAACUGUGGAGCCUCUUCUGUAACCAAGAACACAAAGUAAUUAUAGUGGGACUGGAUAAUGCAGGGAAAACCACCAUUCUUUAUCAAUUCUUAAUGAAUGAAGUGGUUCAUACUUCUCCAACUAUAGGAAGCAAUGUUGAAGAAAUAGUUGUGAAAAACACUCAUUUUCUUAUGUGGGAUAUUGGAGGACAAGAAUCACUGCGGUCAUCCUGGAACACAUAUUACUCAAACACAGAGUUCAUCAUUCUUGUAGUCGACAGCAUUGACAGGGAGCGACUAGCAAUUACGAAAGAAGAAUUAUACAGAAUGUUGGCUCAUGAGGAUUUAAGAAAGGCUGCGGUGCUUAUCUUUGCAAACAAACAGGAUAUGAAGGGGUGCAUGACUGCUGCUGAAAUCUCUAAAUACCUCACUCUUAGUUCAAUUAAGGAUCAUCCAUGGCACAUUCAGUCCUGCUGUGCUUUAACAGGAGAAGGGUUAUGCCAAGGUCUGGAGUGGAUGACUUCCCGAAUUGGUGUGAGAUAACUUUUUUGCUUGAAAGAGACUCUUCUAUUUAUUCUGUGACAUGGACAUUUUUCCUAGUAUCUUUGGCUGCUGAGGCAGCAGCAUGUUUAAUUUAUAACAACACAAACCUCUAUAAGCAACACUUGAAUCAAGUGCAGCUGACCUGGAACAUAAAAGAUUUUUUUCUUAACUUUUUUUUAAAAUGCACUAAACUUCAGUUGGAUGAACAUUAUGUAUAUUUUCGACAACAGAAUUCUUCUGACUGCUUAUUCUAAUUAUUCAGUGACUGCCUUGUAAAAAUAUGUUUGUCAUAUGUAUAAUGUUUUCAGAAGCAUUGUUCUAACCCUUAUGACCAGUUUCUUUCAGUUCUUGACUACAACCCACUCUCUCUCCUAGUUAGUGAUGGUCUCACAGAGUAGUAAUGGAAAGCCCAAUAUUUUGAACCUCUCCAACACAAAAUAUACUCUCUCCAUAACUAUCUUUUGAACAAAAUUGAUUAUAAAGAAAGAAAUCUGCCUGGAAGGUUAAUAAGGAAGAUUAAAAUUAAACAUCAUAAAUACUUGCCAUUAAAUUUCCCUCAUAUUAUUGCAUGUCAUGGCAUAAUUUAAGUUGCUAUUAAUAUGAAAAUUAAGUAGGCUGUUUGUCCAAAGGAAUUAAGUUCAUUUUCUACCUGUAAGCUUUGGUCAAAAACUAAUCAAGGUCAAAUAUUUGAGAACCCAGCUUUGAUAGUAGGUAUUGCUGGAUAAUCUGGUAUUUUUAAAAAGAAUGUCACGUUAUUCAAAGCAUACAUAACUAUCAAGUUAUUAUACCAUACCAGAACUAAAAAUAUGCUUAAAAUAUAUUUUGCUAUUAAUUUGCAAACAACUUUGUUACACAGCAAAACUUCAGCUAUUUUACUUGCAAGAGUUACCACUUCUGCUUUGGGCAGUACAUGAAGCAAAAGUGUCAGCACUUUUGAACCAAUGCUAUAUUACUUAAAAAACCAUGUGGCUUUUCUUAAAUCUUUUUGUGGUUGGAAGCAGUUCUCAUUUUUGUGAUUAUACUUUGCAUUCUAAAAUCAUAUAGAAAAUUGCUAAAUCUAACCUUUUUAGAAUAUUAGUAUGACAUUUAAAAUUAGUAUCUUAACUUACAAAUUAAAAAAAUAAAAUGGAGAAGUCAUAAUCUAUCAAAUGCUUACUUAUUGGAUACUACUAAAAACUUUGAGGCAGUUGUCUAAUACGAAAAAUAAUCUAAACAAUACAUACCUUAAGUUAAGAAGGAAGACAAUACUGUAUUUUCAGUGCUAUUUAUUUCAAGUAAAAUUUUGCUGUAAUGAAAGGGAUAUGUAUAGAGAAUAGUAAUUCAUUUUAUGCAGUAUUUGGAUCAAGUGACAUUUUCAUUUUAAUAUUUUAUGUAUAAAUUGAUAGGAAUUUGGUCUGUUUUCAGAUGUUCUUGGUUUAUUAUGUGAAUUAAUUUAGUAGAAUUUGACAACAUUUUUCUGAUUUCCAUUUAGUUGUAGCCUACCCUGGAAAGACAAGAUGCCAGAAGAAAACUUUCUGGACUUUGGAAAAUAGUUUACCUUCAUUUUGAUUCUUUUUUUUUUUUUUUUUAGUGAUUGUAUAUAAGUUGCCGGCUAAGUUUAACUUUGUUUUAAAUAUAACAAUAAUCAAGAAUGUAAGAGAAAAGCAGCUAUAAAUCAAUAUGAAUGCUUUGUGGGGUGUGUGUGUGUGUGUGUGUGUGUGUGUGUGUGUGUGUGUGAAAUGGUGGGGGGAGACUUAAGAAAAUACCAUUUACCUAAAGCACAUUUUGCCUGAAUUUCUCCUUGGUUUUAUUGUUUACCAUAAAUACUAAGGAUAAUUCUUGUAAGUUUGUUCUGAGAAAAUAUAUUUUAUCCUCCAGUAUUUCCUUAUAAAAUAAUUAUCUGCCUUCUUGUAUCUAAUAAGAGUGGCUGGUUCAGUUUAAUUCUUAUAUGAUUAUUUUUUAUAUUACCACAUCAGCAUUAUAUUGAAAGUGUUUUUAAUAGUCAAUUGUAUUUUGUCAAACAGCUACUAGAAUAGACUCAAAUAUCCUAUUUGUUUUAAAUACAAUUCAUUUAUUGAUUUUUUUUUUUUAAAUUCUGUUACUUUUGCAUUAGAAGUGAUGUGUGUUAGCAUUUAUUGAGGCUGGAGUUGCCAUUGAACUAGACUUUGUGCCAAUGAUUGGAAAAUUCGUCAGAUUUUUUAAAAAGUUAAAAGGUUUUCCUCAGAUCUUUUCUGUUACAGUCAUAUGAAAGUUGAUUGUCCUUUGCUCCAAGAGAUUGUUUGACCCAAGCAAGCAUCUAAUACAGAGCCAUUGAUUUUGGCAUUUAUUGCAAAUUAGCCAACUUUAUAAGACAAAUAUCUUAUGCAAGUGUAAGUAUGUGAUUAGUGCCUUCAUUCAUAUUUUGAGAUAAUUUCUCAAUUGUGUACAACACCUAUUCUUUAGAGUCAGAAGCUGCUAAGUAGUUCAGGAAGGGAAUAAUUCGAGUGUUACCCUCUCUUUCAGUUCUACAUUUUACCUAGCAAAGUUCCUAAUAGGGGAGCUGGGGAGAUAGCUCAGUAGAGGGCCUGAGUUCAGUCCCCAGUUCCACCAAAAAAAACCCAAAAAACAAAGUUCCUAAUAGGUAGAAGGCAAGCAACCCACCAUGUUUCCCUUAAAUUACUCUAGAUUUCAUUUUUAAUUCAAAAAU